GAAAAGAAGAACACUUGAAAACCCUAUCAUCGAACCUCCGCGACGCUCCCCUCUCUCUGUUGGUUCAGAAACCCUAAUUUCUACUUCCUAAGCUUCGAUCUAGUGUUGAGAACUCAGCAGAAUCAAUCGAUUCGAACCUCUUGCGAUAAAUAUCUGUAACAGUCAUUUUUAGCCUCUCUCCUCAGAGAGGAGAGGGUCAGACCAAAAAUUGGUCUCCUUCAAGUUCAACCAUUAAGGAGAACAACAAAGUAUAAAUAUGACAGUUCAAACUCCCAGUACACCUGCAUCAAAGUCAGAGAAGACACCAGUUUCCACCCCAGGAGGGCCCAAAGUUAGGGAAGAGAAGAUUGUCGUAACAGUACGAUUAAGGCCUUUGAACAAGAGGGAGCAGUCUGCUCGAGACCAAGUAGCAUGGGAAUGCAUUGAUGAUCACACCAUUGUGUUCAAACCACCUCUUCAAGAACGGUCAUUUCAACCGGCCUCGUUUACAUUUGAUAGGGUGUUUGGUCCUGUUUCUUUAACUGAGAAUGUAUACGAGGAAGGAGUCAAGAAUGUUGCUUUGUCAGCCUUGAUGGGCAUAAACGCGACCAUAUUUGCAUAUGGACAAACUAGCAGUGGGAAAACCUACACAAUGAGAGGAAUUACGGAGAAAGCUGUUAAUGAUAUCUAUAAGCAUAUAAUGAAUACCCCUGAAAGAGAUUUCACAAUAAGGAUUUCUGGACUUGAAAUAUACAAUGAAAAUGUCAGGGAUUUGUUGAAUUCAGAAUCUGGACGUAACCUUAAGCUAUUAGAUGAUCCAGAGAAAGGAACCGUGGUUGAGAAGUUGGUAGAGGAAACAGCAAAUGAUGAUCAACAUUUAAGACAGUUGAUCAGCAUUUGCGAGGCACAACGGCAAGUGGGCGAGACUGCACUAAAUGAUACUAGCUCACGGUCGCACCAGAUAAUAAGGCUUACAAUUCAAAGCUCUCUCCGUGAAAAUUCAGAUUGUGUUAGGUCUUAUGUUGCAAGCUUGAACUUUGUAGAUCUAGCUGGAAGUGAAAGAGCCUCACAGACACAUGCUGAUGGUGCUAGGCUCAGGGAAGGCUGCCACAUCAACCUGAGCUUGAUGACUCUCACCACUGUAAUCAGAAAGCUCAGUGUUGGGAAAAGAAGUGGCCACAUUCCCUACAGAGACUCGAAGCUCACCCGCAUAUUGCAGCAUUCACUUGGUGGAAAUGCUCGUACCGCCAUCAUAUGUACUUUGAGUCCAGCACUGAGUCAUGUUGAGCAAUCUCGGAACACACUCUCUUUUGCUACUCGAGCAAAAGAAGUGACAAACAAUGCUCAAGUAAACAUGGUUGUUUCAGACAAGCAACUAGUAAAACAUUUGCAGAAAGAAGUAGCCAGGCUGGCAGCAGAGCUGCGUACUCCAGAUCCAUCAAACGAAAAAGAUCUAAAAAUUCAGCAGAUGGAAAUGGAAAUUGAAGAACUGAAGCGCCAAAGAGAUCUUGCACAAUCACAAGUACAUGAGUUGCGUAGAAAAAUGCAGGAGGAACAGCAGGAUUUGAACCCAUCUGUGUCACCUAGUCCAGUGGUCAAGUGUCUAUCCUUUUCUGGAGCAUUACCGCCAAACUGUAAGGAGCAAAGCCUAGGUGGUACAACAAGAACUACAGUGGGAAGACAGACGCUGAGGCAAUCUUCCACUGCUCCUUUCACUCUUAUGCAUGAAAUCCGCAAACUUGAACACCUCCAAGAGCAGCUGGGAGAAGAAGCAAAUAGAGCUUUGGAAGUACUACAGAAGGAGGUGGCUUGUCAUAGAUUAGGCAACCAAGAUGCAGCUGAGACUAUUGCUAAGCUGCAAGCAGAAAUAAAGGAAAUGCGGGCCAUCAAAUCAGUACCAAAAGAGGUUCAAGCUGGAAAUGUGAUUGCACCAAACAAGAGUGUCAGUGCAAACCUAAAGGAUGAAAUAACAAGACUUCAUUCACAGGGAAGCACCAUUGCAGACCUUGAGGAGCAGCUUGAAAAUGUUCAGAAGUCUAUAGACAAAUUGGUGAUGUCUCUUCCAAGCCAACAGUCUAACAGCGACAUGGUUCUGAAAGUCACAAAUCAAUUAAAGAAGAAGUUAAUUCCAUUAGCUUCGAGUAACAACACCAACCAGCAAAAUUCUAUAAGAUCCUCUCCCUGGUCACCUUUGUCAUCUACUCCUGAAGUACUAGAUUCCGAGGUUGAAAAUAGAGCUCCAGAGUAUGAUAACAUAUUGUCAAGUGAGACUCCUCUUCAGUCUGAGAAGGGGACUCCAACAAAAACUGAUGAAGGUACAGAUGUAUCAUCAAAAGAAGGCACUCCAUGCUUUCAACGUUCAAGUUCCGUUAACAUGCGUAAAAUGCAGAAAAUGUUUCAGAAUGCUGCUGAAGAGAAUGUAAGAAACAUAAGAGCAUAUGUAACAGAGUUGAAAGAACGCGUUGCUAAGCUACAAUACCAAAAGCAGCUGCUUGUUUGCCAGGUCCUUGAGCUCGAAGCAAAUGAAGCAGCUGGACACAAUUUGGAAAGUGAUGAAAAUGCAUCUGAGCCGCAGGAACCCCAAGUUCCAUGGCAUGUAACUUUUAAAGAGCAAAGACAGCAAAUUAUUGAGCUGUGGCAUAUCUGCCAUGUCUCCAUAAUUCAUAGGGCACAGUUCUAUCUAUUAUUUAAGGGAGAUGCGGCUGAUGAAAUAUACAUGGAGGUGGAGCUCAGGUGCUUGACUUGGUUGCAAAAGCACUUUGCAGAACUUGAGAAUGCAAGUCCAGCUCACUCAGGGGAUGAACCCACAAUCUCUCCGUCUUCAAGUAUUAGAGCACUAAAACGUGAAAGGGAGUUCCUUGCAAAGAGGUUAACCACACGUUUAACUGCGGAGGAGAGAGAUGCAUUGUACUGGAAAUGGGAAGUCCCACUUGAUGGCAAGCAGAGGAGGAUGCAUUUUGUAAACAAGCUUUGGACGGAUCCCCAUGAUGCCAAGCAUGUCGAUGAGAGUGCUAAGAUAGUUGCAAAGCUCGUAGGUUUUUGUGAAAGAAGCAACAUGUCAAAGGAAAUGUUUGGACUCAAUUUUGUUCUUCCAGCUGACAAGAGGCCCUGGAUCAUGGGCUGGAACCAAAUUUCAAGCUUUCUUCAUUUUUGAUAAGUUUUUUAUUUGUAUACUCCUGAUUCUUUCUUCCAUACCAUGUAUAUCAACUAUUGGAGUUUUCCUCCAAUAUGUUAUUUAGUUUUUUGCCUUGUGGUUUGUGGCUAGUUGAGCACAAACCAUGCAAGAUGACAAUUUGUGGUUUUUAGUUUUGAAUAAAAGCAUUGGAUUCAUUUA